CCGCUUGGUUAUGUUUUUAUUUAUUUUUUUUAUCAAACAGAAUUUUUCUUGAAAAUUUUCUAAUGUGUAAAAAAUUUGUCUACCGCGUGGUUUUUUGUAUAAAAUCAAUUAACUUCUGAAAAAAAUGUAGUUUUUAUAAUCGUUUUGUGAUUUAAAAUCUUGUGUUUGUGACCAGUCAGCUUCUUUUUAUUUGUAUACACUUCUUAAUCCUGUUAAGAAACAUCAUGAGUGAAUUGAUAAAAUCGUUGAAAGAGAAAUCAAAAAAGCGAAAAAAGCUAUUAGCUCAAACCUUUGGAAUUCGUAAUAUCAAAGAGUUACACGUUGCGCUGGGUAGGAAUACCGGCAAUAAUGGUAAAAAUUACAAUAAAUUCAAGUGCGAUUCCAAAAUGCAUCCUCGUUCAUCUCGUACCGAGCAAGUAAAUGGAGUACUGUACAAAGGAUCUUCAACUUUCCUCAAGGGUACUCGUUCCAGUAAUCCACAUAACGAUUAUUGUCAGCAUUUUGUAGAUACCGGACAGCGUCCUCAGAAUUUCAUUAGAGAUGUUGGUUUGAACGAUAGAUUCGAAGAGUAUCCUAGACUUCGCGAAUUAAUCAAACUAAAGGAUGAACACGUUGCUUUAACAUCAACACCUCCGAUGUAUUUGAAAUGCGAUUUACGGAAGUACAAUUUAUUAGAUUUGAACAAUAAAUUUGAUGUGAUUUUAAUCGAACCGCCGUUAGAAGAAUACCAACGAACUAUGGGCGCCACCAACUUGGAUUUUUGGUCUUGGGAACAAGUUAUGAACUUGAAUAUUGGAGCAGUAGCCGCUCCCCGUAGUUUCGUCUUUUUAUGGUGUGGCUCGUCGGAUGGUCUUGAUAUGGGAAGAAAUUGUUUGAAGAAAUGGGGAUUCCGUAGAUGCGAAGAUAUUUGCUGGAUACGUACAAAUAUAAACAAUCCUGGCCAUUCGAAAAAUUUAGAUUCUAAAGCUAUUUUUCAAAGGACCAAGGAACAUUGUUUGAUGGGUAUCAAAGGUACCGUACGAAGAUCAACCGAUGGUGAUUUUAUUCACGCUAAUAUCGAUAUUGAUCUAAUUAUCAGCGAAGAGAACGAGUGUGGAUCUUUGGAUAAACCGGUUGAAAUAUUUUAUAUUAUCGAACAUUUUUGUCUAGGAAGACGGAGAUUGCAUAUCUUUGGUCGUGAUAGCACAAUCCGACCAGGCUGGCUGACGUUAGGACCAGAGAUAACUAAUAGCAAUUUUAGCGCCGAUGUUUAUUCGAAAUAUUUUACGUCAUCAAGCAUUACUACCGGUUGCACCGAACGUAUCGAAGCUCUCAGGCCGAAAUCCCCGUUACCAAAAGUAAAAGGAAACUCGGCUAUUAGAGGAAGAACUUUCAGACAUAAUAGAGCUAGGCCAAGAUAAUUGUAAGAAUUUGCGACUGAUCAUUCUUAAUCAUAUCAAAUAUAUCGUUAUAAGUUUUCGUA